CACACACACACACACACACACACAACACACACACACUGGCUUACCUGUCUCCAUAAUGAAGCGACAGACGCGAAAGUGUUUCUUCAUGUCCCUGUCGGUCUCUGCCUCCCCGCCGGACUGUCUCCGGCCCGCAGCCGGCCCACACCGGCCUGUCUCUCAGGACAGCUAAACUAGGAGGACCGGUCCCUCCAGGCUCAUGUGACCUACCACCACCAAGACUGUCUACGUUGGACAAGACGGAAGCUAGUUAUUUUGCGACAAAACCGUCUGAAUUAAGCUGAAGGAAAGCUCACUCGCUGGCUGGAUGUAACAGGGGGUGGCCUACUUCGGAUUUCCUGCAAGUCUGGAAAGCAAAGGUCAGUUCGAUUGCGUUGCUAUGCAACGAGUCAACAAAACAAAUGCGGAGGCUCUUACAGAUCCAGACAUGUUCAGUUACUCAGCUAACCAGUAUGACAGUGCCUACAAGCCGCAGAGGCUGCAGAACUGGGGGGAGACAACUAAAGACUUCAAAAAGAGACCCUCUGCACAGGAGGGUCACACCACCUUCAUUGCUAAUAAUAGAGGACAUCUACUCCCAGGAGUGGUAAAGCGUGGCAGUGCAUGGCCAGACUUUAAGGGGACCUGGGAUCUACCGGUCCGUAUCCCGGCUCAGCGGAUCAACCCCACCGGCCGCUCUGUGGAGGGUCUGAGCCGGCUGAAGUCCUGGGGCUUAGACCCAGAGGACACAGGCCCAUCUCAGCCACACAGAGGCAGCAGAAACACGGACAGGCUGGAGGAUGCUGGAGAGCUGGAUGUUGUCAAGCAGGGCAAUGAGGAAGUCCGGCAGGACGAUGGGGCCCUGUCAUCGGAGUAGCCAGACCUGAAGCACCAUCAUCCUCUAAGCAGACACACAAAGAUAAACAGCAAGAACAGUAACCUUCUUCCAAGUGGAUGGAAAAAAUACAUACAAAAAUAAACUCACCUAGUUAUUUGAGCAUGGCUGAAUUCUUCUCACACAGGUUGAAAGGUCAGCAUAUUGUUAUCAGGGAAAUAAAAUACAAAAUUUCAUUUUUUUGUUACAGGUUUUGCUUAAUAUGA